AUAUGCAAAGUUAAAUGACAACCGUGUCAAAUAUUUUAUUCGGGAACAAAUAUUAUUUCCAGGUCUAGUUUUAAUAAUGGCUGCAACUAAUCACACCCACAUCGAUUACGUAGACAUCGAAGAUCCAUUCGAAUACGAAGACUACGAAUACGACGAAUACAUGAAAAUUUCGUCUGCUUUAACAAUUUUUCAAAAAAUCACCGACGUUUUUGAGUUAUUUUAUUACACUCUCAUCGUUUUAACCGACAUUAUUCUCAUUAUUUUAAUACUUGGUAAUAGUAAAUUGAAAGGGAUCAAAUCGAACAAAUCGAUAAUGCAUUUCAGUGUAUUUAAUUUGAGUUUAAUUUUGUCCUUUCCUAUGUUUUCGAUUAUAUUCCCUUUAUUCAAUUUGAAUAGAUUCGUCAAUCGGAAUUUUUAUUGUUUCGAAUUUCAGCUACAAUCCACUGCAGUUCUAGGAAUCUUCUUAACUGGUUUCGUACUGUCCUUUCAUUGGCUGGUCGAUAUUAAUUACCAAACCGCGAACCCUGUUUUUAAAACAUUCGAUUCCUUCUCGAUUCUCAUCACUUACGUAUUAUGUUUUCUCAAAUUAAUAAUCGAUAUUCCUUCUUGUUUCCUGCAUAUAAAUGCAUGGAAUGUUAUAAUAUUAAUACUUUUAGUUUUAUUUAUAAUAAUUUUCGUACUAGUUUGCGAUUGCAAAAGAAAAACUAUAAAUAAACAAAAAAAUUAUCCAUUAACCAUAGCUAAUAUUAUAAUUUUAAGUUGGAUGCCUUUGUUCAUAUUUCAUUUGUUAAUCGAAUCGUUAAGAUUCGAAUAUAUAGCGAGAAAAAUUCUAGAAUCGAUUCUUUUCAUACCGGAAUUAAUGGCGUUCGGAAGUCCUAUUAUAAUAAUUAUUUGGUUAGGUUUUAAUAAUAAACAAUUUAAAUCUGGUUUAAAAAAUCUUUUAAAUCGAUUUACGUGCCGUUCGAAUGUUGAUUAUACCAUCAAAGAUGAUUCUGAAGAUGACGAAGAUGCUGGUAAUGGAGAAGAUGAAGCUGCUAUUUUGUAACAAAUUUAUAUUAUUCCAACAAAAAAAUCCAUAAAAUUAAAGGUAAUUACUAUUAUAUAUUACUAAGAAAAUAUUUCUUUCGUUCUAAUAUCGUUUUCAUUAUUUAUCUAUGGUCUGUUAUCGAUGUCACAAAUGUCACUGUCACAAGUGUCAAUUUUGAUUAAUCGGAAUAAAAUAAUAGAGGUUAUUUAAUGUAGGUCAAGAAAUAUUGUUUAUUUAAGAGAGAGUUAAAGAAAUAAACGUUUUUAUUUCGAUUAAUUUGUAAAUCAUCUUAGAAAACGACAUUUAAUUUGUGAAAUUUGUGUAAAAAAAUAAAGCACGAGGUUACACAAGUAUGGAUUGAUGUCACAUUUAGGUCCGGCUAUUUGAAAUAAUGCCAAUAGACACAAUUGGAGGAUUUGGAGGAUCAAGGUCAACAAAAAAAAUAUUUACAUUUGUUAGUAGAUCAUUUUACAAGAUAUACUUAAGUUUUAACUUCAAAGACACAAACAGCUGAUGAUUUCAUAAAACUUAUAAAGUGUUUGUAUGAUUUCAACUGAUCAAUAUCCAGGGAUAAAUUCAAAGGAAUUUAAAGAAGUUUUAAAAGAUCAAGGAAUACUUCUGAUAUUUACAGCAGUAAAUGUACCAUUUACAAUUGGUUUAAAUGAAAGAUUGCAUCAAACUUUAGUAAAUAAAAUUAAAUGUACAAUAAAUGAAGGACGGAAAAGCUUGGACAACAAUAGCUUAAGAAUGUAUGAAUAAAUAUAAUGAAACCAAUCACUCAAGAACCGGAUUUAUACCAAGUUAUUUACUGUAUGGAAAAUAUGUAAGGAUUUUACCGAAUGAAUUAAAACUGGAAAAGUUAUUCAUUAUAACAAGUUGGGGUACAGACACAAGUGUCUAUUUUGAUUAAUUAGAAUCAGAUAAUAGAGGUUAAUUAAUGAAGGUCAAGAAAUAUUGUUUAUUUAAGAGAGAGUUGAAGAAAUAAACGUGUUUAUUUCGAUUAAUUUGAAAAUCAUCUUACCUCAGCUAAUACAAAGUUUGGGGCUUUUAUUUGUACAAUUUUUCAAACAUAAGUUGUACAGAACAAUACAAAAAAAGUUUGAAUAGGCCAAAAUACUUGUCUAUUAAAAAUAAAGGGAGAAAUAUUUAGAAAAUUCUUUUGAAAUUCAUACUAGUGAUUUUUUAUAUUAUAUAUCAAAAUUUAAACUCGUAUACAUAUAUAAUCAGUAUGACAGAAUGUUCCCAACAGAAAGCAGCUUGUAAGGAUUUAUACAAUGAUGUUUUAAGCAAUUCAAUAGAAUGUGAAGUGUCUCAAGGUUCAAUAUUCCGUGCUACAACGUUUCUAAAACUUUUCGCUGACUACGGGAAUGUAUUUUGAUGGUUCAAGAAGUAACUGGCCCAACAGAACACAACAAAUUUGGAAAAAAUAUAGACAAAAAAAGACAUUUCUACAAAAUAAACAAACAGAAAUAAUUAAAUAGUUGUAAAAACAUAAUAUAAACCACUCGCUGAAUUCUAGAAUUCAAUUAUAACCGAACACGACCUGCUCCGCGGUCCAUAUUUUGGACGAGUUCGGAACAAUUCCAUACAUUUAUAUCUUAUUUGUUUUGUAGUUAUUUACAAGGUCUUGUCCAUAAAUUACAAGCGAUUUUUCGACAUUAAAACGUUCUUAGUUUCUCGUGAAUCAAAUAUUUUAGGAAAAAACGGACUUUAGCUGUUUGGAAGUUUUAUUAUAUAUGUUAUAAUUGUAUAAAUGUUAUUUUACACGAAAAUAAUCGAUCUAUAACUUGAAAUAAUAGAAAAUAAAUGAUACGUCUAUGGACUAGGAA